AUGGGGCCAAUCCUCACCGGGCUCAUCGCCCUCCCAGUCCUCUGGAUCGCUUCUCAAAUUUGGGCUCUAUACACAAACUACAGAUCGGCUCUCACCGUAGGCUUGCCAAUCAUAAUAUGCCCAUAUGACCCAGAAAACCUUAUCCACGUGGUGCUCUCCGUCCCCUUCCGCCCUCUUCUCAAACGCUUCCUCCCGCCAACCUUCUUCGCCACCGUAGAACUCACCGUCGUAGGCUGGGAGUUUCGCGACAAGUCCUCCGUUCACGACCGCGUCGGUCCGGCCUUCAUGCUCGUCACCACGGGUCUCAACCAGCUCAUAUGCGCCGACCCGACCAUGGCGCACGCCAUCUUGAACGGGCGGCGGGAGUUUGUUCAGCCGGAUAUCGUGUGCAAGGCCAUGGGCUUCUUGGGUUCUAAUAUCCUGACUUCCAACGGCGAGUCCUGGUCCCGCCAAAGACGCGUCGUAGCCCCCGUCUUGAACGAACGCAUCAGCCCAGAAGUCUACAAAGCCACAGCAAAACAAGCAGAGUCCUUCGUCAACAACAUUCUCUCAUCCCCUUCCACCAGCACUCCUAGUAUGACCACAGCAACAGCAACAACAUCAACCACAAUCCAAGGCCUCCGCACAAUCGCAAUCAACGUCCUCACCAAAAUAGCCUACGGCGACAACAAACCCUUCGCUAUCACCCCUCUCCCCGGCGACCCCUCGGCACCAAUGUCCUACGUCGACGCAAUCUCUCUCUGCACGGAACUCCUCGACCUCGCUGCCUUCAUCCCCAUCCGCAUCCUGCGGCUGCCUUUCAUGUCCAACGUGGUUCAGACGUUGGGCGCGGCGUUACAUAGAUUACCUGGGUUGACGGUGGACAUGCUUGAUCGGGAGAGGCGGCGGUUGGCUGAGGUAUCAUCUCUGCAUGGUCCUUCUGACGAGUUAUUGACCACGGCGACGGUGGGAAAGACGGAUACGAUCAUGAGCAUGCUCGUCCGCCUUUCAGACCAAGAAAAGAGCCGUGCCGUUCCCGCCGAAAAGAGCGCUACCGCCACCACUGGCAACAGCAACCCCAAAUCAUACCUCACAGAAGAAGAAAUCGCAGGCAACCUCUUCAUCUUCACCGCCGCAGGCUUCGACACGACGGCAAAUACCCUAGCAUACGCCGUCACCCUCCUCGCAGCGUAUCCAGAGUGGCAAGCCUGGAUCCAAGCCGAACUCGAUGCCGUUCUCGGGCCUCCGAGAGCAUUUCAAUCAUCGUCUUCAGCAGAAGAAGAGCGAGGAUUACCGGACUACAGUGUCGUCUUUCCCAAACUGACGCGAUGUCUCGCUGUCAUGGUGAGUCUUCCAACUUCCCUUCCUGCUCGUCGAUCGCCAUGUCUGUCUCUCUUCCCACGCAUACUGACAGAAUCCCAAGUUCGAAACCCUCCGCCUCUUUCCGCCUCUAACCCAUCUAAUGCGCUCAAACAUAACAACCCAAACUCUCCCAAGCCAAAUCCCAACGUCAACAACCCUCCAAUCCUCCUCAACCUCAACAUCAACCUUACCAUCAUCCACAACUACCUCCUCAUACACAUUCCCUCCUUGCACAGUCUACAUAAACACAGUAGCCCUCCACACCUCCCCCAAAACCUGGGGCCCCGACGCCCUAUCCUUCACCCCAACCCGAUGGCUCACCUCACCCCAGCCAUCACCAUCAUCAUCCUCACCACAACCUCCUCACAUCCAACCCCCCCGUGGCACAUUCCUCCCCUGGUCCUCAGGCCCCCGCACCUGCCCGGGCCAAAAAAUGGCCCAAGUCGAAUUCGUCACCGUCCUCGCGACGCUCUUUCAUAA